AAAGCAUAUUCAUAGCUUCGUAAAAAGUGACUGGAUUCCGACUGGGCGGAUUCAAUCGUCAAAAUGAUUUCACUGGCUUACAUCAUCGGAUAUUCGGUAGUUGGAUUCGUUGGGUUGUGGCUGAUUAGGUUGUUCAUCCAGGGCGGACAAUUUAGGAAGCCAACACGCUGCGAUGGAAAGGUAAUUCUUAUCACCGGUGCAAACACCGGCAUUGGCAAGGAAACGGCGAAAGAACUGCUAAAACGUGGUGGUAAAGUCUACAUUGCCUGUCGGUCACUGCCGAAGGCAAACCAGGCCCGACAAGAGUUGAUAGCGGAAACCGGAAGCAAGAAUAUUCACGUUCGAGAGCUGGAUCUUUCCUCGUUGAAAUCAGUAAGGAACUUUGCGAAGGAAUUUUUAGCCGAAGAAUCCCGUUUAGAUAUCCUAAUCAACAAUGCCGGAGUGAUGGCCUGUCCAAAAUCACUAACCAAGGACGGCUUCGAGAUGCAACUGGGCGUUAACCAUUUGGGACAUUUCCUACUGACCAAUCUUCUGCUGGAUCGUCUGAAAAGCUCCGCUCCGAGUCGGAUCGUGAAUUUGUCCAGUUUGGCGCACAAGUUCGGCGGAAUCAACAGGACCGACUUGAACAGUGAGAAAUCCUACAGUGCCUUCGGUGCCUACGGCCAAAGUAAGCUUGCCAAUGUGUUAUUCACUAAGGAACUGGCCAAACGCUUGGAAGGUAGUGGAGUGACAACUUAUGCGGUCCAUCCGGGAUCCGUCCACACAGAACUGCAGCGACAUUUGGGAUCGUUAUUUUUCCUACUGGACAAUUUCGUGGUGAGAACCAUAAUGCCGCUAGUACUGAAAACACCACAGGCUGGUGCCCAAACCAGUAUCUACACGGCUUUGGAUGAAGGUUUGGCUCACGAAACGGGCAAAUAUUACGCGGACUGUCAUGAGGUGAUUCCUAGUAAAGCGGCCCAAGAUGAGGAAACUGCCGGUUGGUUGUGGAAGGUGAGUGAAGAAAUGACGGGGCUAUCCAAGAAAUCGUCGUAGUUUUUCUCGAAUAAAACAAAAGUACUGC